AUGCAGAGAUCACUGGUACGUGCGGCCUUGUGGCUGGUCAUGGUAACCGGCUCUAUUGCACUGGGGGCUCACGAAGCUGUUCGAUGCAUCAUGUACCUCACAGGCCAACAUGUCGUAUUUCCAUCAGAUGACUAUCUUGUGAAUUCCAUAACUCAUGUGAUUUUGGCAUUCAUGCGCUCGGAUGUCUUCAACGUGGACAAAACACCGACAGAAUUUCCCUUGUUUACUACAGUGAAUAGAGCUCGACAGCAGUUCAAAACAGAUACCAAAAUCAUGGUGGCAAUUGGAGGUUGGGGAGACUCCAAAGGGUUUGAAGAAGCUGCACAUGACAAUUCAUCAAGGAAGCGGUGGGCGGGUCAAGUCAAGGCCAUGGUUGACCUUACGGGAGCCGACGGCGUCGACAUUGACUGGGAAUAUCCAGGUGGAAACCGUGACGACUAUAAGCUGGUUCCAAAUUCAAAACGCGAGUGGGAGAUUGAAGCAUUCGUUCUGCUCCUGGGAGAACUUCGGUCAGCACUGGGGCCCGGAAAACUGCUGUCCAUUGCAGUGCCGGCUCUGGAACGAGAUUUGAUGGCCUUUACAAAUUCGACUAUUCCAUCUAUUACAGGACAUGUCGAUUUCAUUAGCGUAAUGACUUACGAUAUGAUGAACCGGCGCGAUAGCAUUGUCAAGCAUCAUAGCGGCGUGGCCGAAUCGUUCGAAGCAAUGAAGCGAUAUAUAGAUCGCGGAGCACCUCCGCACAAAUUGAACUUUGGACUUGGCUAUUAUGUCAAGUGGUUCAUGACGGAAAAGUGCGAUGCUCAGCAUCCGUUGGGGUGCCAUACCCAGCUGCUGGAAGAUGCUACCAAUGGAGCUGACCUGGGUAAAACGGGUGCUUUUAGCUGGCAUGACGAGGUUCCACCCGAACUGGCCGAGUCCUUUACCAGGGCCCAAGCCCAGGGCCACUAUGAUGAUGAUGGAAGCUAUGGGUAUUGGGAUGCUGAAGAGAAGAGGUGGUGGUCAUACGACAGACCCGCGACGAUCGAGACAAAGGUGCCUCGGCUUGUCGGCGAGCUGCAACUUGGCGGAGUGUUUGCCUGGGGCCUGGGCGAGGAUGCUCCGCAGUUUGAGCAUUUGAGGGCGACUGUCGACGGUGUCCGGGCCUUGCGUGGAAAUGACAAUAGAAAAGACGAGCUAUAG